AUGGGAGAAGCAUUGAGGACGAUAGCUUUCAAAGUUAGCACAGCUUCUUGUGUUAACUCCUUUGGUGAUGAACAACUCGCUGUCGAGUCGCUGAUAAGCUUCUCUUUGAGGCUUUGCAAUACUCACACGUGUGUAAGUACGCUUGCUCUGAAGAAGUACCUGAGCUUCAAGACAUGGGUGGUUAGUGGAAGCAUUGUGGAUACAAACUUCACCGUGGGAACGAUCUUUGGAGUUUGGCCUGGUGAUAAGUUAACCAGAGUCACUGGAGGAGAUCAAGUGGCUGAAGCCAUGGGAAUCUAUGGUCCAAAAACCACUUAUGUUUUGGCUGUUAAAGGGUUUCCACGAACUCAUGAGUUCUUGCUUCUUGAUGAAGGGAAGUGGCAGCAUGUUAAGGAGACAACAGAGAUCAAUGAAGGGAAAAUGUUCUCACCAGGAAACUUGAGAACCACGUUUGACAACUCUGAAUACAGCAAGUUGAUUGAUUACUACGUGAAAGAGAAGUACACACUGCGAUACACAGGAGGAAUGGUUCCUGAUGUUAACCAGGCAAAGUUAAGGCUGUUGUUUGAAGUGGCUCCUCUUGGCCUGCUCAUUGAGAAUGCUGGUGGGUUCAGCAGUGAUGGAUACACCUCUGUGCUCGACAAGACCAUCGUCAACCUCGAAGACAGAAUUCAGGUUGCUUAUGGUUCAAAGAACGAGAUUAUCCGUUUCGAAGAAACCCUUUACGGAACUUCAAGACUCAAGAAUGUUCCCAUUGGAGUUACUGCUUAG